AUUAUAGAUAGGACUCGCAGCCAAUCAGAGCAGACUUUUCUUUAUAGGGGGCUGGUUUUGCUGCCAGAGUUGGGAUAAUGUUAAACACAGCUGUUUUUUCUCGACUUCAAGUCUCAUGGCAGAAUGCGAGGAGCGUAAUGCUACAUUUUGCACUAAGUUAAUUUAUGGACAUUGAGCAACCCCCCCUGGUAUUAGCGUGGUAUCAGUAACAGUGGUAUCUGAUGAGGUAAUGUCUCGAAAAUGUUAUAAUGUUAUUUCCAACGGCAGCAGCAGCUUUAGGCCACACUAGCUUUGUUUUUAAACUAAAACCUUAGCACAGUCUCGCUAGCGGUUGAGACUUGGUGGCUCGGCUCCUGCUGACGGUUCCUCGCACAAGUUUUGGGAAACCAUGAGGACGGAGGAGCAACUCUACAGGAAGGGAUUGUUGUGCAGUGCGGGACAGCAGAGCGGGGCGGCUCCGAUCAAAAAGUCUCUCUAUGAGUGAGAGUCUCCUUGAAUGGAGCGGUGUGUUUUCAUCUUCUCUAACAUUCUGCAAGAACAGUUUCUGUGCCUCCACGGGGGCUGCGGACCGACCGGCGGAGGGACUCCUGACUGCCGUACUGCGUGCUCAACACAAACCAGAGGCGACUUUGGAGAGAUUAUGGUUCGUAAGGGCCUGCUGCUCUGUCGCUGCUGGUCCGCCAACAAAGGAAACGACUGUUGCUUUUUUCAUUUCUCUUCUUUCAUGUUGUCGCCGUGUGAGGAAACUAGCAUUAAGAGUGUUGAAGUGAGAAUCAGCCUCAGUCACUGACUUAAAUCAAAAUUGAUAAAUAAGCUCUGACUUUAUGGCCAAUUGAGAAUAGCGCUGCUCGCGCGCGCCUGCGCAAUUACGCACGUACACAUACACACGCGCCCCCUUUGUUGUCAAGUUUACUCCCAAGUUGAAAGUCUGACAAUCUAAAUUCAGUUGUUGUCGAACCAAUAACAGUUCAGGUACCGUUUGAGUGGAUGUAUGAGGAUGGUGGAGAGCCGGAGCUGUGUCCAGAGGGAGGGGGUGUACCGCUGGUUCUCCUCCCUCACCUCAGCCCAGAGAGCUGAGUUCCUGUGCGGGCUGCUGGACCUCUGCGUCCCCAUCGAGCUCCGCUUCCUCGGCUCCUGUCUAGAGGACUUGGCCCGCAAGGACUACCACUCCCUCCGGGAUGCGGAGAUCAAAGCCAACAACCCCGCCGAUUUGUCGGGCCUCACCAACAUCACCGACGAGGUGGUACGCAGCAAGCUGUUGGUGUCCCUCGCCCUGCUUGGCUCAGACAACCGGGAGGCGGCGGGGGUCCUGUACCGGACAUUGACUCACAUAGACACGGUGAUCAAUAACUAUGGACUGGCGCUGAACGACGGGAGGACAGAGGAACAGUUUCUGUUGCUGUUCACCAUGGCCUCUAAUCACCCGGCCUUCAGCUUCCACCAGAAGCAGGUACUGAGGCAGCAGCUCAGCCAGAUCCAGGACAUCCUACAGGUUAGCAGCGGAGGAACAGGAGAGGUUCAGGCAGUAGGGCCUUGCGGGGAUAGAGCUGCUGCCUGUUACACUCAGCCACAUCACCACUAUCACCAUCAGACUGUUUCCCUCCCUCUGGCCUCCCCCGCUGCCUGCUCCUCUGCCUGACCAGUGCUGCGUACCUGCCUCUGUCUGCCUGCCAACCCUGCCACACACACUGCACCUGUUGGCACAAGCCAGACCAGAGAGGCCAGCACAGUCUCGGGGCCGGGCUCAGGGGUCACCAUGGGACGAGGCGACCAAGCCAUCAGCCAGGACCUCACUCCUCCUCUCCCAGACCCCCCUCCUUCUCCCCUGCCACCUCCUCCUCCACCACCUCCUCCUCAUCUGCCUCUUUCUUUACCUGCUGGGCAGGGCCUUGAUACAGCAGCACCAACAAAGAUCCAGCAGGGGAAAGCAGGAAAAGUGGUGAUUGAGAGGGUGCUGCUGAGAGGAGUGACACACAAGCCUGAAGACACCAGUGAAUAUGUGUUUGAGGUGAGCUGGUCAGAUGGUUUUGUGUUGUCCGUCGUCCGAACUCACCAGGAGGUGACGGAGCUUCUGUCCCAGCUGUCUCAAGCAUUUCCUGACGAAGGAGUGGAGAAGUUCCUCCCUCAGGCCAUGGAGCUGGACCCCAGGUGCCUGACAGGGCUGCCCUGCCAUGUCCUUCAGCACCACAGCGCCCAGCUGUUCUUCACCUCCACCAGGCCUCUCUCACCCAAUUGUCCUUCCUCCCUCCCUUCCGCCUUCCCUCCCUUACCCUCCUCCCCUCCCACAGCUCCUGUUGCCCCGACCUGUCCUCUCACUUCCAGCUCCAAUCUUGGCUGUAUGGUUCAAUACAGAGGACCCAACAGGGCAGUGUAUAGAGUGGCCAGCGUCCAGCCCGUUGUCAGCACCCACAACUCUGUCUUGACUCGCUCCACUCCUCACCUCUCCUCCCUACCUCCUCCUCUUCCUCCUCCUCCUCUUCCUCCCUCCAUUCCCCCUCCCCAGCACUCUCCCCAGCUAUCCUCCCUCCCUCCCCCUGUGCCAUGCCUGUCCAGCCAGGGCUCUAUGACAGGUGGGGGUGAUAGCUCCUCCCAGCCACAUCCUCAGCACAGUCAGUUGCACUCGUACUCUCAACCCCAGCAGCACUCCCAACACCACCUUCAUGCACAAGCCAGCAGUCAGUCCAGUACACAGCCUCAAUCCCUGCACCUGUCCCAUUCCCAGCUGACGUCACACUCACAUUCCCAGUCCCUGUCCUUCUCCCAGUCCCAUGCCCAGUCCCGUUCCCAGUCCCAUACCCAGCCCCCAUCCCAGUCUCAGCCCAAUGCUCCAGAGCAGAACGGCAUCUUGGACUGGCUCCGCAAGCUUCGGCUUCAUAAGUAUUACCCCGUCUUCAAACAGCUCACCAUGGAAGAGUUUUUAGCGCUGACAGAGGAAGAUUUAAACAAGUACGACUUGACCCAAGGAGCAAAGAAGAAACUCAAGACCCAGCUGGAGCUACAAAAGGAGAUGAAGAUGGAGAAGCGGUCUUGCAGCGGCAUCGCCAGGGUAACACCUUCCAGUCACAUGGGACCCCCAACACACCCAACCUCCACUGCAGGAGAGCUGCGAGUGGAGGUGGAUGCUGUGCCACACCAUCACCCCGUCUCCACAGACAGCAGCUCAUCCUCAGGCUACUCCAGCUCUUCUUGCUCCCCUCGGACACCGCUCUGCUGUGACUCCACAUUUGACAGGAGCAGAGACAUUCACAGGCGUGUGUCAGGUCCAGAUGCAGUAGGAGGGGGGCCAGAGAAGGACCGGUCCUGCCUCCUCAUCCUGAACUCCAGCUGCCCCACAGGGUCAAGUCGCCCCACAGCCCAGGUCCUACCCGUCCAAACUGAUCCAGCUCCUCCUCUGCCUCCCUCUUGCUCCACCCACCUCCCCUUUGGUCUCCCGCAGUCUCCCUACCUCACACAGGCCAACUACCCCCAGACCUUACUUUCCCCGGUCUCUAAUCCAGCACGUAUCCUGACCUCGCCACGCAAGCCCCGCCCUCCCCCACUGUGCACAGAGGACAGGACUAAGCAGGUGGGCUCAGGUCUUCCUGCAGCUGCUGCAGGCUUUAGUCCGGGGCUCAGUGUGGGGAUGGGGGUGAGACUGGAAAACCUGUUCCCUGGACUGAACAUGGACGGCUCCACUGUGCUCCAGGACUCUGUGGUUUGCCGUGGCCUGGCAGGAGGUGCUAUGGGUCUGAUGGUAGAAACCAGUUCUGCUCUGACCUCCACGUCCAACAGCCUCCACCACGUCUCCCAACCCCCCCUCCACUUCCACCUCUCAUCCUCUUACCCUCCUACCUCCUCCUCCUCCUCCUCCCUCUCUUCUUUCUCUUCCUCCUGCUCCUCCACAAAGUCUGGCUCACAGUCUGGGAGCUCCAGCGGUGGAAGUGGAGGUGGCUUUGUUCCCAGUGUUCCUGUGGCUGCAGUACCCGGCAACACUUACUACCCUCCUCAGCCUACCUCCAGUCCCUCCCCCUCCCCAUCCUCUGCCUCCUCACUGGAUCAAAGUUCAGGUCAUACCCCCUCCGUGUGUGUUUGCAGCUCCUGCGGUUGUCGGGGGAACUGUGGCGCCUAUGGGGCGUUGCCUGGAUACGCCGCAGCUGGCUACCUGCAGCCGUUCUCUGCCGGCCCCUCCCUCUUCACCCUGGGUCCUUUGCUCCAUCUCAGCCCCCUGUUAGCCUCAUCCAGCACAGCUGGCAGCGGAGCCACGCCCUUUUCCUACCCAAUGAUGAUGCCUCCACCCCUCUACCGCCACAGCCCUGUAUCACACGACCAGCAGCAGAGCUUUGGCUUCUACCAGCCCCACGGCAUCAUGGGAAAUGGAAGCCAGAAACGGGCAGCAGGUAGCCUGUCAUGUUAUAACUGUGGUGCUAACGGACACAGAGCAGAGGACUGCAAACAGCCGCCCAUGGAUUCAGCACAGCAAGGGACAUUUCGACUGAAGUACACUCCUCACUCUGACAAUAAGGACUCAGGGGACUAACCAGCAGAAACACCAUUGGAUUUGAACUGUCAUACUCCUGACACAGUUGUACCUCAUGUUCCUGCUAAAGCUAGCGGGCAGCAGCCUCACUGCUAAAAGGGACGCACACACAGACACACACAGCCCGCAUCUGGCUGCCACGAGGUAGCAUGGGUCUGUACAAAGACUGCUGGUGUGAAAGCAGAGACCUCUCCUGUCCCGUGCGAUUCUUUUACAACAUAUAAGAGUGAUGAGACAAGGAUGGAAAAGAAACAGUCUGUGUCAUCAGAUUAGCUUUCAUCUCCCUCAGAUCUCCACAGACACAAACACAAGCCCAGAGGAGGGGUGGGAUUUGUAAAUUCAUUUCAGAGACCUAACUGGAACUCUGCUUCAUCCUCAGAAGAAACACUACAAACAGAUAAUCAGCCAUGUUUCACUAGACAGUUCCAGCUAAAUGACUGAGCAGUUAUAGUCUUCUAGAUGGUUCACAAUCCAAAGGCACAGCACUUCGUGGACUCCCAUCAAGUGCAUUUCUAAACCGUGAAACCCUGUUUCAUCAGCCCAACCAUGACCCCAUUGUGACAGACUGGAUACCUUGGAUAUACAUUGUGUCCAAAUCUCUGAAUGCACAAAGAACUACCAGUGUUAUUUUCCGUUUAACUGAAUCUAGACGUAAAGAAUUUCUCGUACUACUCGGCUUAAAAACCGCGAUGACUGAAGAAAGCAGUUGUGUGUCUCAUGAUCAGGUUUGGCUCACUGCUGUUAGUUCACUUAAAAGAGCUGUGUCCCAAUUCCAUACUAUAUACUAAGUGCAUAUGGUGUACACUAUAUUCAUAUUUUUAUUGCAUGUUUUUUUGCAGUUAGUAUAUAAGAAGACAGUGUACAUUCUUACACCAAAGCAUUUCAUACUAACAGAAAAAGAUGCCAUACAUGUGGCAUGCAAAGGUGAUCAAACUUUAGAAUACCACUGCCAGUUUAGAUUCACAGCAAAAUGUUUAUUCAAAACAAUGUGUGUUCCUGGAUUCAUUUUAAUUUUCACAGCUUAUUUCUUAUAUGCAUUUCAUUGUGGGACAAUAGCUUCCAUCAGCAGCAGCAUACUCAAAAAUCCAGUGUUUUUAUCUACAUGCUGCUUGUUUUGAGUGUAUUUUAUUUUAUCGCUUUUCCAGUGUGAACACACUAGAGACUGAAAACCUGCUUAGUAUUAGUGUGUACUGUAGUGUGGAUUUAGGACACAGCUAAGCUGUUAUAAAUAAGGUUUCUUUUUUUUUAAAAAAAGAAAAAGGUGGCACACCACCACCAAGGCAUUCAUUGCUGUGUUGGUGUGUUAUCUUGUACCACUUUUGAGGUUGAGCACCCAAUUGAAAUACACUCUUGUUCCCCUUUUUGGUGUGUUCUGGUGAAAAACUAAAUGGAACCACAGUUUUUUUUUUUUUGUUUGUUUGAAUCAGUUCCCCUGAUUCAAGGGCUUGAUCCUCAUAAACGUGGAUCUGCUGGAGACCCUGAGGUUCUGCUGAACCCAGAAUGAAGUGCUCUAGUCUUACAGUCACCACAGCUAACAGUGUUUUCAAGUGGUUCUUUGUCAACGUGUCAGCUACUUUAGAUUUGACAACUACAAUGUUACCUGUAAACAACAAGUGAAGUCCAGCGAGCUCCAUGAUUCACAGGUUCAGGUUAAUGGUACAGUAUAUCCAUAACAAUAGGUCUUGGCUGCUAACAGGAACAGAGAGUUUAAUCCUUGGUUCCUCACAACUUACUGUAACCUUUUUGUUGUUGUUUAUUAUGAUAUAUUCACCAAACACAAUCAAUGCCUCCUUUAACAAGAAAACAAGUAACUUUUUGGCAACUGAUGACUGCACAGGGCACUCCAAGUGUGUCCUCAGGGAGAAGGUUUGAAAUGAGUGAGGACUCAUUAGCUGUGUGUCAAGAAGGACAUAUUGGGUCAGGAAAUCUGGACUUGGAGAAUCUCGCCCCUGUGCUGGGAUGCCACUUGGCAACUGGAAUCCCUCUUCAGCAGCUGAGGAUCACAGCUGGAAGCUGCACCAGUCACCCUCUUGUUACCCCUUCAGCAGUGCCUGGGGCUGAACCAAUCACCUUUGGAUGAUGUGCAGCUUCACUACCUCUGAGCUAACCUGAGAGCGGAAUGGCCUCCUGUGCCAAAUAGUGUUCCUAUCAGAAUGCAGACUGAAAAGAGUCUGCAGUCUGAUAGUAUCUUUAAUUUACACCAAUUUAAACAUUUUUUUAAAAAGUGCCAAUUUCUUUUUACUUGAUGAUGUUGAGCUGAGCAGAUGUUAAUCCUGAACUUGUUCUCACUCCAGGAGAGAUGGAGCUGCCUCUUUUUGUAAUUAAUAUGUACAGUCAUUAAAGCCAGGACUGUUAAAUGUUGACAGCUGUAAAAAAAUGUAUAAGUGAGAGUUCAGUGUAUUCAUGUCUCUGACUGUGAGUGAGUUGCUGGGCAGGACCCAGAGUUUUACAGACACGAGGACAGCUGGUCCUUCAGAUGAAACUCUAUCUGUGCCCCUGGAGGGCACAGCACAGGAACAUGGGAAGUUUAUUUAAAAUGGUAAAUGCUGAACAUUCAGUAUGUAUAACAACUUCUGUCUGUUGUUUAGAAUAAAAAGUCAACAAUGUGCUUUUGUAUUGUGAUAUGAAUGUUGUUGGACUAUGCCUUUUCACAGAAACACGGGAAUCAACCAACCAGCCCUCAGCUCUUCAGCUGAAUGUUUAUUUAAAUUUCAACUGUUUCAAUGGGCAUGGCCACAUAAAACACAUUUAUUCAGCAGUUACAAAGGAGAAAAUUGCCUUGAACACUAAUUUCAUAAUUUUUUAUAGAUCAUACCAAAGAAUGCUGUUUUUUCUUUCUUUUUUUUUUUUGACAAAUAGCUCCACUUUUAUAGGGUUUAUUUUAUCUCUUAACUUCUUGCAGUAGAGCCUGUUUAAGUGAUACUCCAGCAUGCAUGUUGCUUCAUCUUUAGUAAAAUGUGUUUUUGAAAUAUUUUGUGCAAAUGUUUGAACACGGUUUAUAAUUAUCCAGUUCAUAUGUAGGUCAGAUUUUCUAUUGUGCAUUGUGUUUUAAAACAUGAUUGCUUUAUCUGAACUUUGAGGGAAAAAUGUUUGAGUAAUAAAAUAUUUUCUGAUUCUGCCUUUCA